GCAACGCAAACAGUCAUGAUCAUCAAGCCCAUGAGUCGUCCCCUAUCAUCCAUCCGCCUUGGCUCUCUUUCCCCCUUUUUCGAGCAAUGCACCCAGUAUGCAUGCACAAUGCAAUAAAGAUGAAGCACUGAUGCACUACCACCUCAGCGAAGUUACAUCCCAACCCCUUCCUUCCUUCCUCCUUCACCUCCUCCACCACCACCACCACCCUUACCUCAACCCACCGCGACACCCAAGCACGCCCUUGCAUAGUUCCACCACCCACUUUCUUAGCCAUUUACCAAUCCAUACAAAUCAAAUCAAAUAUCCGAGCAUAAAUAAAUCUAUCACGCAAUCUGAAAUCCCCUACGGCACUCUGUCCUUGGUAUCCAAACUUAGUCCUCAUAAGAGCCAUUCAUCCAAUCCAUUCAACCAUCACAUCACACAAAAAGAUACAACACAACACAUAACAUACCAACAACCAUCGCAGCUCUAAUCCCAAUGCCACCAAUGCUAAUACCAAUGCUAAUUACCACAAAAGGCACACAAUGAAAUGCAACUCC